UUUUCCCACCCAAAACCGAAGUGGUAUUCUUUGGAAUCUUCUGCUGUCAUAAAUUGUGUCGCCAGCUCUGCAUGAAAAAGGCGACACAGUCAGAGUGGUCAUACUGAGCGUUUGGACCGGUUUGCCAUCUCAGUCCGUCUCUCACACAUUGACAGUAGUCUCUCUCAACUGCUCGUUCUGCUUAGUACACUUUCAUUUCAAAAAUGAGAGAGAGAGAGAGAGAGAGAGAAUUUGUUCAGUGGUAUUAAAUUCUGAUAUUGAAUGCGCCCAACAACCCAAAAGUUGUCAAAUUGAAUUUUGGAUCAGUAACAGGAACAUGAUCUACCUCUUUUUUCCAGUCUCUAUGACAGACCACAUCAAACCGGUUCACUUCCAUUUAAGAAAACCAACUCUCUCUCUCUCUCUCUCUUUCUCUUUCUUUGCUACCGAUUUCCUCUCUCUGGCUAUACUUUCUGUGUCACUUUUUUGGAUUUCUUUUCUGGCAGUUUGUGUGAAUGAAUAGUGUAUUUGUUGGUAUUCAACAGAGGAAAGAAGUUGUCAGUGCUUCGUGGGUUUUGUAAAAAAAUAAAAAGUAAAAUUAAAGAAAAAAAUAAGUAAUGGAUGGUUUUAGUGCAGUUGAAGUAGGGGAAGAUGAGGAAGCAGGAGGGAAAAGAAAGAAUGAAGGCUCUUGGGCAAGCUCACAAGCUCAUGUCCAACACAGGCGUUCUAAAAGCGCUUCCGACAGGAACUUCAGUGUUCUGAGGGCUGGAAUAUUAAGUUCCAUAAAGAAAGACAAGAAUGAAACAAAUGUGUUGUCACCACCUUCAACGAGUGCUACCCGGGGAAGAAGCCCUCUGCAUGACAAUGCUAGUUAUAUUAACAAGAAUAUGUCGCCAAACCACCGAAACUCCUUGGAAAAAGAUAUUGAGCACCUGCAGUUGCGUUUGCAGCAAGAGAAAUCUAUGCGCACCAUGCUUGAGAGGGCCAUGGGACGAGCUUCAAGUACUCUGUCACCUGGGCAUAGGCAUUUCGCUGCUCAGACAAAAGAGUUGAUUGCUGAAAUUGAGUUACUUGAGGAAGAAGUUGCAAACCGUGAGCAGCAUGUUCUCACUCUCUACAGGAGUAUUUUUGAACAUUGUGUUAGUAGACCACCAUCUGAGCAAAAUUCAGUUGUGGCUUCUCCUGCACACAGAAAGCAUGAAACACGGAAACAUCCAAGUAUCAUUUCAAGUGCAUUUUGUUCCUCUAAAAAGUUCCCUUUCCGAUCUUUGCAACCUCUAGUUUCUUUAGAUAACUCAGGGAAAAGAACUACCAAGACUGAUCAUGCUCCAUUAUCCAGUGGCAAAACUGACAUUGAUUUUGGGAAGAAUUGUUCUGGCCCCAACAAGGUUUGCCAAAAGGUUCCAGCCUUGGAGAAAAACAAUAUGCUAAGAACUCUGAAAGAUCAUCUCCACCAGUGCCCAAGCAAGUUGUCUGAGGAAAUGAUCAGGUGUAUGGCUGUUGUAUACUGUUGGCUUCGCAGUGCAGCAUCUGUAAAUACUGAAAAAAACCGGUCCCCUUUAUUGUCGAGGUCAUCCACUAAUGCCAUACAGCCUCGACGUGGCACUGGGGAGGACCAAGAUUGGUCUGGCAAAUCAAUGGUGGAGAUAUCGUGGAUAUCAACUGAUAAGGUCCAGUUUUCUCAUGCUUCUUAUGCCAUCAACAACUACAGAGUUUUAGUAGAACAGCUGGAGAGGGUGAAUGUCAGCAAAAUGGAAUCCAAUGCACAGACUGCAUUUUGGAUCAAUGUGUACAAUGCGCUUGUUAUGCAUGCAUAUUUAGCUUAUGGCAUUCCUCACAGCUCUCUAAGAAGGCUGGCCCUGUUUCACAAGGCUGCUUACAACAUUGGUGGCCAUCUGAUUAGCGCAAAUGCCAUAGAGCAGUCGAUAUUUUGCUUCCGGACACCCCGAAUUGGACGGUGGCUUGAAACCAUCCUUUCAGCUGCUUUGAGAAAAAGAUUCGGCGAAGAGAGACAACUUCGCAGUUUAAAAUUGGGUCUUCCGAAUUCCCAACCUAUUGCUUGCUUUGCCCUUUGCACCGGUGCUUUUUCAGAUCCCGUGCUGAGAGUUUACACGGCCUCAAAUGUUAGAGAGGAGCUUGAAGAGGCAAAAAAAGAGUUUCUUCAAUCAAAUGUGGUAGUAAAGAAGUCAAGGAAAGUGUUUCUACCGAAGAUUCUCGAAAGAUUUGCGAGGGAAUCAUCUCUCAGCUCAGAUGAUCUUCUCAAGUGGAUCGCUGAAAAUGUAGACAAGAAGCUCCAUGAUUCGAUAUGGAAAUGCAUGGAUGGUAAAUCCAGCAAGAAAGCAUCACAGAUCAUAGAGUGGUUGCCAUACAGUUCAAGGUUCCGGUAUGUGUUCUCGACAGACCUAACAGAUAAGCCAUGGUGGUUGUGAGAUCUAUUUGAAAUGCUUGAGGAGAUUCUUAAGGCAUUGACAAUGACUGAGAAAAGGUACUAGUUACUUAUCACAUUGCUCUUACUAGCAUUUACCUAUCAAAUUGCCUUCUACUUAAAGGUUACUUCAAAGUAACUACUUGUACAUCUGAUCUUAAUUUCCUCUUUUUUCUAUACAGCUUUGUAAACCUAGAAGCUAAAAAACUUACCCUUUUGGGAGACCAUUAUAAUUAAUUUGAUGGUUCUUUCUAACUA